AUGAAUACAAAUCCUUUAGAUAUGCUUCGUUCUAAGAAAAUAUCUGUGCUGUCGUACAAAAAGUCUUCGUCGAUUCGUAGUUUCUUUCUGCAGUUAACUAUAUACACCACCAUAUUGAUGUUCAUGACUAUUCUAAUUACCCAGUUGAUAUGUGACAUAGAAAGUUUCCAAAUGUUCAUCAAAGAUUACAUUGUCGUUCCAUUUGUUCUAUUUGUAAUUGGGUCAGUACUAUUUUUGGUUGUUGUUGUAAGCGCAACAAAGUUAUCUCAACAUCGUCUCGUCUUCUUCGCCAUGAUUGCAUUAACUGUUAUAUUCUGUUCCAUAGGCAUUACUGCUGUAUGCGCUGGGAUAAAAAUAGGAUAUAAUAUCCUGGCUGUGCUGUUGGAGAUAGCGUCCUCUGUGGCAGCCAUAUUUCUUGGUUAUAUGAUACCAAAAAUAUCAAAAAGACUCUGGAUAUCAUUAAUAAGCAUAGCUUGUGGAUUUAUAUUGUGUGCUUUGAUCUUUCUUUUCUUACUUCAUUACAGUGUUUUAUAUCCCGUUUGUUCUGGACUACUUUUCAGCGUUGCAAUAUUCAUU